AAGAAAAACAAUAAGCAUUCUUCCUUUUUAUAUGAUUUUGGUUUUCCUUCUUAAUUCGUGAAAUCGAUAUUUAUAUUUACCGUAAAACUCUUAUAUAUAUAUAUAUUCUUAGAGGGGGGAAAUUAAAUUAAAAAAUGCAAAUAAAUAAACAAAUGGCGGGAGUGACGUCGGGGCGUUACAAAGUGAUACAUCUCGUGAGGCAUGCGGAGGGAAUUCAUAACGUAGAAGUCGACAAGAACAAGAAAGCUCUGUUCUCUCCUUCGUUGUCCGAUGCUCAGCUCUCCCCUCUUGGUUGGAAACAGGUGACAGAGAGACGAAGAGAAGUUCAUGAGAGUGGAUUGCUCAAGAGGAUAGAGUUAGUAGUUACAUCUCCAAUGCAGAGGACGAUCCAAACAGCAACCGGGAUUUUCGGGAAAGAACAUAAAUCCAAACACAAUAUUUCAUCUCCGACUUCCAUCGCGAAUUAUCCUCCAAUCAUCGCUUUCGAACUUUGCCGCGAACAAUUGGGAAUGUAUCCUUGCAAUAGAAGAGGAAGUGUUAGCAAGUACAUACCGAAAUUUCCCGAGAUCGAUUUCUCAUUGAUAGAGAGCGAGGAAGAUCAGAUGUGGCAAGCCGACGCAAUGGAGAAGGUCGAGCAAGUGGCUGCCAGAGGAAUGCAAUUCUUAAAAUGGUUGUGGGAACGUGAAGAAAAUGAGAUUGCAGUUGUGAGCCAUGGGAUCUUCUUACAAGAAACUCUGCUUGCCUUCGCCGACAACCUCGAUCCUUCUGUUAAGUCCAAACUGUGCAAGAGGUUCUUGAACUGUGAACUUCGCUCCGUGAUCAUCUAUGAGAGCGAGAAGGAAUCAGACAAGAUUGGGUACGCUGCGGACCUUUCAAAGGAAGCUCCAUGAUGAAAAUUCCAAGCGGGUGGACGAAUUAGAUGCUUUCAACGUCCAAUCCAAUUUCAUAUUUCAAUAAAGUUUGUAACGUUUAAUAAAAAGGUGAAGAUAAUAACUAUGUGUACAUGUAUACAUACAUUAUAAUAUAAAUAUGUAUGCGUACAUACUUAUGUGUGUAUUAUGGUAUCAAUGCCAUCAGCUCACAUAAUUGUUUCCGCUGUUUGGUCUGAACCAAAUGUUCAAGACAUUUAAACAGGGUGUGAUGAUGAGAACAUAUUUCAAUUUC